CACAUCUCUUUCGCAUGUCUCCGCGACAGAAAGCUCUCUUUCUUCCCAAAAAGCAGGGCAACUUUGAGAUUGGCUUCCGCAGCAUCCCCAGUCCCGGAGUUGGUCAGCUUCUGGUCAAGAUUCAGUCUGCCGCUCUGAACCCGACUGACUACAAGAGCAAGGACACAGGGAUGUUCGUAACCCAUUACCCUGCCGUUCUGGGUAGGGAUAUUGCUGGCAUUGUCGAGGAAGUAGGGGAAGGUGUCGACAAUUUCCGCAAAGGCGAUAGAGUAUUGGCGCAUGGCAAAUUCACUAAUGACUUUACUGCGUUUCAGCAGUAUGCCUUGACCGUUGCAAGCUUUACAGCAAAGAUUCCUUCGAGCGAAUCUUUCGAUAGCGCAGCUACUGUUCCUCUAGGGUUAGAUACUGCGCUGGUGGGAUUGUACGGAAAUGAAUUCGGAGCUGGGAUAACCCCUCCUUGGACAAAAAGCGCCGGCGGUCACGAAUCAAAGAAACCUAUUGUCAUCCUUGGCGGUUCUUCCUCUGUGGGUUCAUACGCUAUCCAACUUGCUCGUCUGUCAGGAUUUUAUCCUAUCAUUACUACAGCCUCUCCGAGCAAUGAAGACCUUGUCAGGGACUACGGGGCGAGCCACUUUUUUGAUCGCAACCUUUCCGGCAAACAACUACAGGCCGCCAUCAACAAGAUUGCUGACAGCCCUAUCAGAAUUGUUUACGACGCUAUCUCGUUGCCAGAAACACAGUCUGUUGGAUGGGGAUUGCUUGCAAACAAUGGCACCCUGGUAUUAACCCUUCCUGCAUCAGUCAAGGAGGAUGAAGGCAAGGAGCGAAGGGUAGUCCAGACCUUCGGGAACCCACACAUCCCACAAAAUGAAAAGCUGUGUUGCAGCGCCUGGGCUGUGGUUGAAAGGUGGCUUUCAGAGGGUACUAUACAGCCGAACAAGUAUGAAGUCCUCCCAAACGGGCUUGAAGGUAUUAUUGGAGGACUGGAAAGGAUGAGAUUGGGACAGGUGUCUGGAACGAAGUUGGUUGCUCACCCUCAGGAAACACAGUGAAUGCAGGGUUGACUUAUUCCGCGAUGUCGACUAUCACCUUAUUUGCAUCGCGUGCAAUGACAGGAUAUAAUUGAUAGGCAUCACAAUUACUAGCAUGUACUGGGCGAUGUCGCGAGGAGAGCUCAGGCUGAGUCUUGUUGGAAGUUCCAACAUGUAAAGGCAAGGGGCAGAGCAACGUGUUGCUCUGCUUGUGGUUGGCUUUAAAGAUUCCAAACGCAUAGUUCGUGAAGUCGAUUGGAGGAAGAAAUCGCAAAGAGAAGUUGCCGACUUGCAAUGAAGCCGCCAAAGCUCCUGCCAUUCAGACUCUAGGGAGAUCCAAGGCGAGAGCCG